UGAUCAGCUGAACAGGAUUGAGGGGGCAGAGGUAGGGGACAAGUUACCCCAGCCUUUCCCCACCCCCCUCUUCCCCCCCAAUGCCAUUAAUCAUGGCAGUGCACUCUAAACUAAGAAGAUACUUGAGGUCCGAAAAGGGGGCGGGGCUAGACGGCACUGUACUACACAGUGCCUUGUUGCCAGCAGCAUGGGAGAAUGGAGGGAAUGUAAGCAGCAGCAUGGCCAAAACAAAAAUAUUCUACACGGCAUCCAGUCUUCAGAGUCCAUAGGAAUUACAGAUCUUUCAUUGCAUCCUACAAGACAAGAGAUUGUUACACUCUGUUCUGUACAAAAAUAUUCUACACAGCAUUCAGUCUUCAGAGUCCAUAGGAAUCGCAGAUCUUUCAUUGCAUCCUACAAGACAAGAGAUUGUUACACUCUGUUCUGUACAAAAAUAUUCUACACAGCAUCCAGUCUUCAGAGUCCAUAGGAAUUACAGAUCUUUCAUUGCAUCCUACAAGACAAGAGAUUGUUACACUCUGUUCUGUACAAGAAUAUUCUACACGGCAUCCAGUCUUCAGAGUCCAUAGGAAUCACAGAUCUUUCACUGCAUCCUACAAGACAAGAGAUUGUUACACUCUGUUCUGUACAGUUUACGUUAGACGGAAUCAUGGACCAAACAUUGGUGGAUGAGUUGUGUAACUCUAUCUUGUUCAAGCAUAAAGGCAUGUACUUUGAAGCAGAAUUAUCUACACCGGAAGUUGUGGACUCUAUAGAACAUAUGGAAAUUAGAGACAGUGAUGUUUUUAUUGUCACCUUCCCAAGAUCUGGAACAAUUUGGACACAAAAUAUUCUCUGUCUGAUAUUCAAAGAAAGUCAGUGGAAUGUAGCAGAAGAUGUUGACAACAUGGCCAAAGCUCCAUGGCUAGAAUACAAUUUGUACAACAUUGAUUAUGACAGCCGUCCCUCUCCUCGUCUCUUUACAACACACAUGCCUACUUAUCUGAUGCCGAAGGAUCUGAGGAAGCGAAGAUCAAAAGUUAUUUAUGUUUUCAGAAAUCCAAAAGAUGUUGCGGUAUCUUUUUAUCACGUUUACAAAAUUUCUGUCAAGGUACAGCAUCUACCAAUAACUUGGGAAGUCUUCUUUGACCUGUAUAUGUCAGGAAAAGUAACUGGUGGCUCAUGGUUUGAUCAUGUCAGGGACUGGUACACCCACAAGGAGGAAUUUAACUGUCUCUUUUUAUCAUAUGAGGACAUGAUUAAGGAUCUACGAUCUGAAGUUCUGAAAAUAUGCCAGUUACUGGAUGUGAAGCUUGAUGACCAAGCAGUGAACAGAAUUGUGGAGAAAGCAACAUUUAAAAACAUGAAACAAGAUCCAUUAGCUAAUUAUACAUUUUUUCCAGAGGAUUUGGUAGACCAGAGUAAAGGAAGCAUUCUCCGUAAAGGUAUUGUUGGGGACUGGAAAAAUAUGAUGACUGUGGCACAAAGUGAAAAGAUUGAUGCGGUACUUAAAGACAAGUUGGGGGAUCUGCCAAUCACAUUUAUCUGGGACAUCAAUGAGGAAACGGAAUCCUAACCAGAUCCAGGCUGACAAAUGACAAUUAUAAUCAUGAUCUAGUUAUCGCAUUAUUGGAUAACAAAUUAAAUAAAUGUGAAUAAAUAACCAUAUUUUACUCAUUUUCUUUUGUUGCAAUAUUAAAUAGAAAUUAAAAACAGAUUCUAAAAAAUUA